UACAAAGGCACCGCGCUCGCCCUCGCCCUCGUUUCCUUUGUUUCUCUCCUCCUCCAACCCAACCAGCUCCCAUACAAAUUCUCCCAGGCUCUCGCAGUCACAGCUUCGACUUCGGUCACCCACACUCUUUUAACCAACUACCACACUCUUUACAACACAAGCAACCCGCUUUCCACUCCAGCUUCACGCUUUUCUUCUCAACACAGCCAAAAUGCAGUUCUCUCUCGCUACCAUUGCCCUCCUCGCUGGCGCUGCCGCCGCUCAGGUCACCACCGUCUACACCACUGAUGUCGAGACCAUCACCUCGUGCGGUCCCACUGUGACCAACUGCCCGGCUCGCAGCCACACCUCUGCCCCGGCUCCUGCCUGGACUCCCUCCAGCCAGAUCGUGCCUCCUGCUGUCACCUCAGUUGCUCCUGCUCCCGGCACCACUGUUGCGCCUGCUCCUGCUCCCGGCACCUCGGUUGCGCCUGCUCCUAAGGGCAACACCUCGCCCGUGGCUCCUUAUCCUUCUCCCUCGGUCUCCGUGGUCACCUACUCGACCUGCAUUCCUACCACGAUCGUCUCGACCAUCACCCUCACUCCUUCUCCCACCUCCGUUGCUCCCGUUGGCACUGCUCCCCCGGCUCCUGCUGGCACUGCUCCUGGUGCUCCUGGCACUGGCGCUACCACCACUGCGUAAGUUCACUUGUCCGAUCUAUCUAUUUGACACCAAACUAACCUGGUACAGCCCUGGCACUCCUGCCUUCACC